AUAUUUCAUUGUUCAACUGUGAAGUGCUUUGUGUCGUUCGACUUACGUCUUCAUCAGGUCUUCAAAUAACAGAUAAAAUGGAUUUCACAAGCAAUGAAGCCAUAGAAGCAAUUAAGUUUUGGGACAGGACAGUAGAAUUAGUUUGUUUCGUUGAUACUGUUCAACCUUCAAAAAUGACUGGAAAAUCACAAUUGUUAAAAUUUUUUGUAAGCAAUGGAAACGGAAAAAAAAUUCAGUGCGUCAUUUGGGGAGAAAAUGAUAUCAGAUCCUUGGAAAAUAAAAUUCAUGUGAACAAGAUAUUACAUAUUGAUGGUGCCUUAGCAAGAGUUCCGACAAAAGUAGAAUUUAAUAAAGGGAAUGUUUCAUUUGAACUUCAGUUAUUUUCAACGACUGAAGUUAAUGAAAUUGGAGAACACAUCAUAGAAGAUGAAGAACCCGAACUUAAUGAGGUAGAUUUACCAGACGUAGUUCACCAUGAAAAUACCACAAUUAAACUCUCUUGUUACAUUAAAAGUAAGUUUGUGUAUCAAAGUGUUGGAGUAAAUAGAAAUGUAGGUACCUUCGGUUGCGGUUCGGUGACUGACGGACAUUUUAAGUUGGAAGUCAGAAUUGCUGAUUUUAAAAACACAUUGAAAUGUGAAAAAGGGUCAGCUAUAAAUAUAAUUGGAAGAAUUCAAACUCAGGGUCCAAGAAUUUAUCUACAAGUUGAUUCGGAAAUGAAUAUACAGUUGGAAGAAAGGGAUCCACUGCCGAUCGGAGAUGUUCUACUUGGAUUUAGGGAGUUAAAACGAGUGAACGAAGGCCAAAUAGGAAGAGAAGACGUGGAAUAGGAGUACUUCCUAUUAUUUAGUACACUACCUCUAUUAUUUUCGUUUAUAAAGAAAAAAUUAAUUUUUAUUUAAACCAAAGACAUGAAGUAAGUAAUUAAUUACAAAAAAGUUUUGUUUCUAUUUCUAAAUUUAUUAGUUACUUCUUAUUAAAAAUAUAU